AUGGAUUUAGUGUUGGAAGUUUGCGACAGUUAUCUGUUCGACAACCUUUAUGCCAAGGUUUUGCCUACUUCAUUGGCAUCUCAUUUUCCAUCAAAGGUGCAGUCAAUUUUGAAACUAAAUAAAGGUGUUUGCAACAGUACCUUCCUGCAGGAAAGUAUCGAUACCUUGAAUGCACUGCCAAGAGUUAACAAAGAUGUAUAUGGGCUCACUCCAUAUCUAAUGGAUUUCACUCCAACGACGUUUGCUUCAUUGCUUCCUCGUAACAAUUUUCUAAGAGAACUGUUGUCUUUAUGGGCUGUGGUGACCGUUUUUGGUUGGUUGUUGUAUUUGGGUGCAGCUUCUUUGAGUUACAUCUUUGUCUUCGAUAAGAGUAUUUUCAACCAUCCACGUUAUUUGAAGAAUCAGAUGUCUUUGGAGAUUAAAUUAGCUAUGAGUGCCAUUCCCUUCAUGUCACUGUUGACUUGUCCAUGGUUUAUGUUGGAGUUGAACGGUCACUCAAAGUUGUACAUGGAAGUGGAUUGGGCAAACCACGGUUUGCGUAAGAUUUUGCUAGAGUUUGUGUGCUUUAUUCUAUUCACUGAUUGUGGUGUUUAUUUGGCUCACAGAUGGUUACACUGGCCUCGUGUGUACAAGGCUCUCCACAAACCUCAUCAUAAAUGGUUGGUCUGUACACCUUUCGCUUCGCAUGCUUUCCACCCAGUCGAUGGUUACAUCCAAUCCUUGCCAUACCACGUCUACCCAGUGCUAAUGCCAUUGAACAAGGUAUCUUACCUAUUGUUGUUUACCGCCAUUAACUGUUGGACCAUUAUGAUCCAUGACGGUCAACACAGAUUCAACAACGCCGUCGUGAACGGUACUGCAUGCCACACCGUGCACCAUCUAUAUUUCAACUACAACUACGGCCAAUUCACUACUCUAUGGGACAGAUUGGGUGGUUCUUACCGUAGACCUGAAGACGAAUUGUUCGAUCCAUCGCUCAGAAACAAGGACACAAUGGAGAAACAGAUCAAGGAGAUCGAGGAGUACAUCCAACUGAUGGAUGGUGAUGAUGGCAGUUAUAGAGUUUACGGUACCGAGGAGAGACUCAAGAAGGUUAACUAG